AUGGAGAGCAGUGAACCACUCCAGGAUAUAAUGUGUGAGUUCCGUGCUGGUAAGAUGUCUCUUGAGGGAACACGGGUGGUCCCAGACACACGCAAGGGGCUUGUUCGUAUUGGAAAGGGUGAAGAAGGCUUGAUUCAUUUUCAGUGGCUUGACCGUGGACAAAACAUAGUUGAAGAUGAGGAUCAAAUUGUCUUCCCUGAUGAGGCUGUCUUUGAGAAGGUAACAGAAUCUUCUGGAAGGGUGUACAUCUUGAAGUUCAGGCAUGAUAGCAGGAAAUUCUUCCUAUGGAUGCAGGAGACAAAUGCUGAUGGGGACUCGCAAAUAUGCCGCCAAGUUAAUGCCUACAUAAAUCGGCCCUUGGAUGGCGAUGCAAUUUCUAUUGAGGCAGAAAUGUCACACGAGGAUACAGCUGAUGAUGACAUCUCUUCCAGAGCUGGGAAUUUAGUUGAUCAGAGCAUGACCGCUGAUAUGGCUGGUGAAGUGACUUCUGCCGCUGGACCUGUACGACUGGCUGACCUUCAGAGAAUAUUGAGUUCUAUACAACCAUCUGAUGCUACGGCAGAUCCUGAUGCUGGAUUGAGACUAGGAGACAUCUUGAAGCCCGAUUUGAUAUUGCCACUAAUUGAAACUUUGCCCAUCGAACAGUUGGCAUCACAUCUUCCAGAGGGUUCUUGGACUGCUGGUGAUAUUCUUGAGCUGCUGCAAAGUCCUCCUUUGCGACAGCAACUGGAUGCUUUUACUCAUGUGCUGCAGACUGGCCAAAUAGAUCUUGCUCAAUUUGGGGUGGACCCUAGCAAAUAUAAGUUCACAGUUGCCUCAUUCCUGGAGGCAUUGGAAGACUCCGUGGCAAAAGCUUCCACAGAUGGAGGCAAUGAUUCAAAGGCCAAGAAAGACGGUGGAAAUGAUCCCAUGGACGAGAGUUGA